AAAGAUGUACCAUAUACAUAAGCUGAUAUUAAUUGAGUCCAUGUUAUAGAACGACGAACCAGUUCCAAGCUACCUAUGACAGAUGGUACAACCCAAAUUCCAUGAGUAGUUACAUUUGCUAUAUGUUCUACAGAGUUUCAUCAUUCCGUGAAUUCAACAUAGACUGUCAGCUGUUCGAUACAUGGAACGAUGGAUAUGUAUUAAACAAUACAGUAUACUGCAUCAUAUAGUCACUUGUAGGAAUCGUCGACAUUGAGUUCGACAUCUGUUCACAAAUCUUGUAUAAGCGUGCGCGUGCGUGUAUUUGUAUUAGCGUAUGUACAAGAAAGAAGAGAAACAGAUAAAAAAAAAGGCAAUAAAAAUAAAGAGAGAAAAAGAUAUAAAAAGAAAUUAAGAAAGAAGCGGAUAAAGUAUUCUUACGCAGACCGUCUGUGCGAUUUAUGCAAAAUCUCGUGCAUAACGUGGAUGUAUUGACACAGGGACUAAAAUACAGUAUAUCAGGACUAAUGAACCUCGCAAAUCAAACUACUGAUCCUCAAAGUCGUGUUUUCUUUGUUAACUUCAAUCAGGAUUGCACAUCUUUGGCAGUAGGAUCAAAGUCAGGCUACAAGCUUUUUUCUUUAGUCUCUGUUGAUCAUCUUGAAAAAAUAUAUGAAAAUGAUACUGAAGAUAUAUACAUUGUUGAACGACUAUUCAGCAGCAGUCUUGUGGCAGUAGUUAGUUUAAGAUCACCCCGUAAACUUAAAGUUUGUCACUUUAGAAAGGGCACUGAAAUUUGCCAUUAUAGUUAUUCUAAUACUAUCUUAGCUGUGAAACUCAAUAGAGCAAGAUUAGUGGUAUGUUUGGAAGAAUCAUUAUAUAUUCAUAAUAUAAGGGAUAUGAAAGUAUUACAUACAAUUCGAGAUACUCCACCUAAUUUAGCAGGUCUGUGUACACUAUCAAUAAAUAGUGAUAAUUGCUACUUAGCUUAUCCAGGCUCAAAUACAAUUGGUGAAGUUCAAAUAUUUGAUGCAAUUAAUCUUCAAGCUAAAACUAUGAUUCCUGCUCAUGAUAGUCCAUUAGCAGCACUUGCAUUUAGUCCUAAUGGUACCAAAGUAGCUACUGCUUCUGAAAAGGGUACUGUAAUCAGAGUUUUUCACGUUCAUGAUGGUACAAAAUUAUUUGAAUUCCGACGUGGAGUUAAACGAUGUGUAUCUAUAAGCAGUCUUGCUUUUAGUGUGGAUUCUAUGUUCCUUUGUUGUUCGAGUAAUACAGAAACAGUACAUAUUUUCAAAUUGGAAGAACCAAAGGAAGCAUUACGACAAACAGCAGAAGAAUCACAAACUUGGAUGGGAUAUUUAACAAAAGCUGUAUCUGCAUCAGCUAAUUAUUUGCCAUCACAAGUAACUGAUGUUUUUAAUCAAGGACGUGCCUUUGCUAGUGUCCACUUGCCAUUUCAAGGAUUAAAAAAUGUUUGUGCCAUCACAGUAGUACAUAAAGUACUUAGGUUGUUGGUGGCUAGUGCUGAGGGAUAUUUGUAUGUUUAUAAUUUGGAUUCAACAGAAGGUGGAGAUUGUACAUUGCUAAAACAACAUAGAUUAGAUGGUAAACGAGAUGAAGUAGACUGUGCUAGUGUAUCUACAGCAGGAUUAGGAUCUGGAGAACCUCCUUCAGGAACGACUGUACAAAUAGUACAAAAUACAGCCUGCAUAAAUAGCUACGCGGGUGUGUUGCGCGGCCGUUCGCCAGACUCCAUGUCAGAGUCAGAGAAGUAUCACGAGAUGAUAGCAGCAACUGAGAGUCCACCAGGAUUUUCGGGUUCCUUCCGUUUAAAAGAUGAUGCUGAAUUUCCACCUGUUACACAAAGGACGGAUUGAGUGUAAUAAUUCAAGCAUAUCAAUAAUGAACGAAAAUAAAUUAUAUCUAACAGUGAUUGAAAUUAGGACACUGAAUACAGGUCAAACUAUGAAUCUAUGAUCAUAGCUAAUGUUGCGAAUUCAAAAAAGCAACAAAUUCUUUUUUAAUGAAAUAUUAUAUAUAUAAAAAAAAAAAAACAGUGAUGACUUUGUAUGAGUUAUAUAAAUAUUAUAGCUAUCAUAUAACUAGAUGUUCACAUCAUAUCAGAAGUUAAUAACUUGAAAGAAUUAUGAUAUUUUUGGUUACAAUUUUUCAAGUCAGUAUUUUAUAUUAGAACUUUAUUAUCAUCAAUAGCAUGCAAUUGAUUUUAGAAAAUCUAGUAAUUUAAUGAUGGUUAUGGUUAUGGUAAUGCUUAAAAAAAAAAUUAUGAAAACUCAAGCUAAAUAUGCUUGAUAACAUAUAGUAAGAAUGUUUAACAUAAACUUAUGUGAAACCAUAUGUCCACAUUUAAGUAUUUUUACUGUGAAUCAAUACAAUGAUUAUAGUAAAAUAUUAUAUAUAUUAGACAUGAUAUAGAAAAAAAUUUUUUUCAGUAUAUAAUAUUCUUAUUGUGAAUAUCUUGUAUU